AUGAACCUUGUUAAAGCAUUGCUUACAUCAGCUAGUAGCGUGGACAGUUCGAUGAAAAUGGUUCUGAUUGUUCGGUCGGAUUUGGGUUUGCGAAAGGGGAAAAUUGCUUCCCAAUGUGCACACGCAGCGGUCAUGUGCUCCAUGCGUUCAGCCAGUGUAAACGAAGAGAAAUUAAAAUGCUGGUUGGCUCAAGGACAGCCAAAAAUUGUGGUUAAAGUAGAUGGAUUAGAAGAGUUGAAACAAAUAUCCACUUGUGCCCUUGAUCGGCAGGUGGUAGCGGAAAUGGUGAGAGACGCAGGUAGAACGCAAGUUCCGAGUGGAACCGAGACUGUGCUGGGGAUUGGACCAGAUAGAAGCGCUGUUAUCGACUCGAUAGCUGGACAUUUAAAAUUAUUAUGAAUUAAAAAAAUGUUAGAAGCAAUAAAUCAAGUUAAAAAUAGUUAA